AUGACAGAAAUGAAAAGACAAUGUAACACGAUCAUGAGGCACACACUUGACAAACCCCCAACCUCUGCCACCAAGAUAACUUUAAGGCCAUCCAGAAACGAAAUUGUUUCCAAUGACGCAAUUGUUUUUUAUCAUCAAAAGCGUCGUUACUUUACAUUGUCAGAGAAAAAGCAGGGUAGGGUCUUCGUAGAGUACACGAUAGGCCAGUUGAACACCAACACUUAUAAAAAGUAUGAAAUUCGGGCACUGACUCUUGAGAGUACCGCAGCAAAUGAGAUGGAGUGGCGGAUCUCGGGGUGCAAUGUCAACCCGUUGAGAACGCUUUUUGAGUUAAAACCAUCAACUCAUCUUCUCAUGGCUGCAACAAGGAAGAAACUCCUGAUCAUCAACGGGUCAUCAUUUGUUAAACAAAAUGCUGCUGAUCACGUUGAAAAUGGUAGCUGA